AUGCCCCUCAAAGACACCUACAUCCUUCCCGCGGCUGCGGACAUGCACGUCCAUUUGCGCAACGCGCCCGGCCCCAUCGCCGCCCUCGUCGCGCCGACAAUCCGCCCCGCCGGCAUCGACACUGUUUUCGUGAUGCCAAAUCUCGCUCCCAAGCCUGUGACGUCGGUUGACGAAGCGGUCGAAUACAAAAAGGCGCUGGAGCGGUACGCCCCUGAUGUGGGGUAUCUGAUGAGUCUUUAUUUGCAUGAGAGUGUGACGGUCGAGGAUAUUCGCAGGGCGAAACAAAAUGGAGUUUAUGGUGUGAAGGUCUACCCCCGCGGCGCGACGACCAACUCCCAAUGGGGCGUCAUCUCCCUGGACCAGUUCGAUCCGAUCCUUCGCGCCAUGGAGGAGGAGGGGAUUGUGCUGAACCUGCAUGGCGAGGUGCCGAGCGACGCGGCGAGCGGGGUGACGUGCAUGAAUGCGGAGGAGAAGUUCUUGCCGGUGCUGAAGGAGUUGGCGGGGAAGUAUCCGAGGCUGAAGAUUGUGCUGGAGCAUUGUACGACCAAGAAGGCGGUUGAGACGGUGAGGGGGUUGGGGGAGAAUGUGGCGGGGACGAUCACCGCGCAUCAUCUUUCGUUGUUGGUGGAUGAUUGGUCUGCUAACGUGCAUCACUACUGCAAGCCGUCUGCCAAAACCCCCGAGGAUCGGCGUGCUCUUCUCGAGGCUGUUGUUACCAGCAACGGGAAGUUCUUCCUUGGCACGGAUAGCGCCCCCCAUGAUAUUACCGCCAAGAAGGGCAAAGGCAACCAUGCCGCGGGCGUCUUCACCCAGCCCUUCGCCUUAGGCUAUGUCCUCCACUCCCUAGAACUCGCCCUCCAAAGAGGCGACCUCACCCCCGCCCAAAUCACCGACGAGGCCCUGGCCGGCUUUUUCUCAGACUACGGUCGCAAGUUCUAUGGUCUCCCUCCCGCAACCCGCAAGAUUAAGCUCAUCCGGGACGCUGCUCAGAUCCCCGAGUCCCUGAAGGGAGAGAAUGGGACGGAGAUCGUGCCCUUCUUGGCGGGAGGGAGGAUUUGGGGUGUUGAAUGGUUGUAA